UCUUCACCUGACGGUCAUUGCUUUCAAGUCGAGAGACUUUGCCGGAUUUCCUAAGACGACGGACUUCCACACGUCUCUUGAGCAAUGAAAAGGAUGAAGGUUGAUAUACAUAAUCAUAUUUUACCAAAGGAAUGGCCCAAUUUGAAGCAGAGGUAUGGAUACGACGGCUUUGUCCAGCUUCAACAUCACUGCAAGGGUGAAGCAAACAUGAUGAAGGAUGGUAAGCUGUUUCGAGUGAUACAAGAGAACUGCUGGGACGCAGACACAAGAAUACGAGACAUGGACCAACAUGGUGUCACAGUUCAAGCCCUUUCCACUGUUCCUGUGAUGUUCAGCUACUGGGCCAAACCUCAUGACACACUGGAUCUUUGUGUCCUUUUAAACGAUGACCUGGCCCAGACGGUGCGCAGCCAUCCCAAAAGGUUUGUGGGCCUCGGAACCCUGCCCAUGCAGGCCCCCGACCUGGCCAUUCUGGAGAUGACGCGUUGCGUCAAGGAAUUAGGCUUCCCCGGGGUGCAGAUUGGCUCCCACGUAAACGACUGGGACCUCAACGCGGCCGACCUUCGUCCCUUCUUUGCUGCAGCUGAAAAGCUGAAUUGCUCCAUUUUUGUCCACCCCUGGGACAUGCAGACGGAUGGGAGGAUGGCUAAGUAUUGGCUGCCCUGGCUGGUGGGUAUGCCGACAGAGACAACAAUGGCUAUUUGCUCGAUGCUUUUCGGAGGAGUCCUCGAAAAAUUCCCCAAACUAAAGGUUUGCUUUGCUCAUGGAGGUGGAUCUUUCCCAUUCACAGUUGGUAGAAUUGAACAUGGCCACAACGUUCGCCCCGACUUAUGUGCUGUGGACAACACAACCAAUCCCCGGAAAUACCUGGGUUCCUUCUACACGGACUCUCUGGUUCACGACCCUACGGCCCUGAAGCUGCUGAUUGAUGUCAUUGGAAAGGAUAAAGUGAUGCUUGGAACUGAUUACCCAUUCCCGCUGGGUGAGCUCCAACCUGGAUCCUUGAUAGAGUCAAUGGAUGAGUUUGAUCAAACACUAAAGGAUAGGCUGCUGGCCGAAAACGCACUGGAAUUUUUGGGCCUUAAAAAAGAGCAAUUUCAUUGAGAAGGGUGAUUGACUCCUGCCAGUGGUUAAACAUAAAUACUCAAAUUUAUAUUUGAAUGAUUGUGUAUUUGAAGUUAAAUGUUUUUUGAAAC